AUGGCAUGUGACACGCACGUGAUAUCCGUGAUUGCGAAUGUUGUUGAGGUCUUUACGACCAUGGAGGAGAGAAGUAGAGUUCGAGUGUGGACAACCAUGGUCGCGGCUCCGGCAAAGGUCGCAAAGGUCGAUGGAAAGUCGAAGAUCAAAAGAAAUUUCCUCGGUGGGCUCGUCCACACCUCUGUAAAAUCGUCUCCACCGUCGUCCCCCCACCCACGCGCAAUCGCAUACGCUCUCUCUCUCUCUCUCUCUCUACUUCUCCUCUCCGAUCAAGCAACCGCCGCCGCCGCCGCCGCCGCCGUCCCUCCGCCUCCCCCCUUCCGCGCGAUCCCGAUCGAUCGAUCGGAAAGCCAUGGUGCACCGGGCCCGUCGCCGCCGCCGAACCCGCAGCUGACGCAGCAGUUCCUCAGCUCCGUCCUCUCGCAGCGCGGCCCCUCGGCGCUGCCGUACGCGGAGGACACCAAGUGGCUGAUCCGGCAGCACCUCCUGGCCCUCGUCACCGCCUACCCGUCCCUGGACCCCAAGACCGCGUCCUUCACCCACAACGACGGCCGCACCGUCAACCUCCUCCAGGCCGACGGCACCGUCCCCAUGCCCUUCCAGGGCGUGACCUACAACAUCCCCGUCGUCGUCUGGCUCAUGGAGUCCUACCGCCACCCGCCCUGCGUCUACGUCAACCCCACCCGCGACAUGGUCAUCAAGCGCCCCCACCCCCACGUCAACCCCUCCGGUCUCGUCUCCGUCCCUUACCUCCACAAUUGGGUCUACCCCAGCUCCAACCUCGUCGACCUCGUCCGCAAUUUGAGCCUCGUCUUCGCCCGCGAGCCCCCGCUCUACUCCCACCGCCGCCCCGCCUCGCCCGCCCCACCUAGCCCCAGCCCUAGCCCCGGCCCCAGCCCCGGGCAAGGGUUCGGCCUCACGCCGAGCCUCGGCUCGGGAAUUACGCGCCGGCCCGCGAUCCCGCCCCGCUCUUACCCGGCUUCGCCCUAUGGGGCUGUCCCCGCGGGCGGGGCGUCGCAGCGGAUCCAGACGGAGGAUCCGAGCGAGGUUUAUAAGAGGAACGCGGUGAAUAAGCUCAUCGAGACGGUGCACGGGGACAUGGCCGCCCUGAGGAAGGCGCGGGAGGGAGAGAUGGAGGGGCUGUUCAAUGGGCAGGCGGUUCUGAGGCAGAGGGAGGAGGUAUUGAACCGGGGAGUGAAAGAGAUGCAGGACGAGAAGGAGGCCUUGGAGCAGCAGCUGCAGAUGGUGGUGUUGAACAGUGGUGUGCUCGAGGGGUGGCUGAGGGAGAAUGCAGGCAAGAAGCCGGGGAGUUUGGAGGCCGAGGACGCGUUCGAGUGCACCGACGCGCUCUCCAAGCAGAUGCUCGAGUGCACAGCUGCAGACUUGGCGAUAGAAGAUGUGAUUUACUCGAUGGAUAAGGCGGCACAGGAAGGGGCUAUCCCGUUCGAUCAGUACUUGAGGAGUGUGAGGCUGUUGUCCCGCGAGCAGUUUUUCCACAGGGCGACGGGGAUUAAGGUCCGAGCGGUGCAGAUGCAAGCUCAGGUUGCGAGCAUGGCUGCCAGGGCACCGCAUUAUGUGACCUGAAAAGGGUAUUUUUUGGUAACCUCGUAUAUGGCUCAAGAAUUUUGUUUUUUGAAAUAAUUAUAUGUACUAGAUGGGUGAUUACAUCAAUAAUUUGCUGUGAAUUAUCAUUAGAUAGUUGAUUGGUACUCUCAGAUCGAUGUAUUUAUUGCAUUGCACAAGCGAUCUGAUAAUAUAUAUACAUUAUGGUUUCUGCAAUUUAUUCUGGUUAUUAGACUUUUUA